CUUUACACUUAUUUAUGUUGUUAUCUUUAUCCAUUUCUUGGGCUUGCAAGAGACGCACAUUGCCUACCCUUGAAAACUUAAAACCAACAUUGAAGAAUACAUACUUUUUAUACUAUUGGUCAUCGCUUAUAUCUUGCAUUGGUCUGUCAAUGUUUGAUCUUCUCCUAUGCUUGUUAAACUUCCUCUCUGGGUAUAGACAUGGUUGGUCUAAUCUAAAAUAUUUUGCCCAGUUGGAUUUUGCAUUCAGAACACUUACUUGGUUUGUGAUCUCCUCUUACUUACACAUCCAAUUCUCUCAUUCAAGUGAACGUAGGUUUCCCAUUUUACUAAGGAUUUGGUGGGCCUUUUACUUCCUCAUCUCUUGUUCCUAUCUUGUUAUUCAUCUUGGUUUGUAUUGGAAACAUUCGUCCUUACCAUUCCUACUAUGGGUCUCUGAUGGUGUAUCUGUUAUAGCUGGUUUGUUAUUUUGUUAUGUUGGAAUAUAUGGCAAAGGGAGAGAAGACGAAGACCUUCAUCUUGUGGAGCCUCUUUUAAAAAUUAGUUCCAGUCGAAGCAAUGGUGACAAUGAUAAAGAAUCAAGUGUCAGUGGGGAUAGUGUAACUCCUUAUGCAAAUGCCAACCUUCUUAGUAUUUUUACAUUCGCUUGGAUAGGUCCCUUGCUUGUACUUGGGUAUAAUAAAACAUUGGAUCUUGAAGAUGUUCCUCAACUAGACAAUAAUGAAAGUGCCAAUGUGGUGUUUGCACAUUUUAGAAAUAAACUUGAAUAUGAUGGUAAUGGCAGUGGUAAUGACAGUCAAGUAAGCACACUCAGGCUGGUGAAGGCAUUGAUUCUCUCAACAUGGAAAGAAAUUCUAUGGACAGCUCUAUUAUCUAUUAUAUGCACAUUGGCUUCUUAUGUUGGACCAUAUCUUAUUGAUGCUUUUGUCCAGUAUCUCAAUAGCCAUCACCAGACAAAAUAUAAAGGCUAUGUACUAGUGUUUAUUUUCUUCCUUUCAAAGCUCAUUAGGUGCAUCUCAGAGAGACACUUGUUCUUUCAACUGCGAAUAAUGUCAAUUAGGGUCCGUGCUUCUUUGUUUGCAAUAAUCUAUAAGAAGGGUCUCAGGCUUUCAAGCCAAUCAAAGCAAGGCCACACUAGUGGGGAGAAUACUAAUUUAAUGAGUGUUGAUGUUGAGAGGACCGGCCUUUUCAGUUGGUACUUGCAUGACAUAUGGAGGGUGCCUCUGAAGGUUGUUCUAGCAUUAUUGAUCUUGUACAAGAGCAUUGGGCUCGCUUCAGUUGUAGCUUUUGUUUCCACAAUUAUUUUGUUGUUUGCAAAUGUACCAUUAGGAAAACUACAAGAAAAAUUUCAAGGGGAAUUGAUGGAUUCAAAGGAUCGACGAAUGAAGGUGACAUCUGAGGCUCUGAGGAAUAUGAGGAUUAUCAAGCUACAGGGUUGGGAUAUGAAGUUCUUAGCUCAGAUAAUUGAGCUCAGAAAAUUUGAAACAAGAAAGUUAAAAAAAUUACUUUAUUCAUCAGCAAUGUUUGUCUUUGUCUACUUGUCUGCUCCCAUGUUUGUAUCCAUGGUUACUUUUGGGUUUUGUGUGCUUAAAGGAAUUCCACUAGAGUCCGGAAAGAUUCUAUCUGCACUUGCUACAUUUGAAAUAUUUCAAGGGACCAUUUAUAAUCUCCUAGACCUAAUCUCUAUGGUAGUUCAGACUAAAGUUUCCCUCAAUAGAAUAUCAUUAUUCCUCUGCCUCGAUGAUCUUAAUCCAAGUAUAGUACAAAAGCUUCCGAGAGAUAGUGUCAAGGUUGCAAUAGAGAUAGUCAAGGGGAAUUUCUCUUGGGACCUUCAUUCCCCUAAUCUCACAUUAAGAGAUCUUAAUUUUUGGGUGCACCAUGGUAUGAGAGUGGCUGUUUGUGGUUUUGUUGGAUCAGGCAAAUCAAGCCUACUUUCAUGCAUAUUGGGAGAAGUGCCAAAGGUAUCAGGAGCCAUUAAGUUGAAUGGGACAAUGGCCUAUGUCGCACAAUCACCUUGGAUACAGAGUGGCAAGAUAGUAGAUAAUAUAUUGUUUGGUAAGGAGAUGGACAAGGAAAGGUACAAGAAGAUCCUCGAAGCUUGCUCAUUGGAGAAGGACUUGGAAUUGUUUGCCUUUGGGGACCAGACUAUUAUAGGGGAAAGGGGGAUUAACCUAAGUGGUGGACAAAAGCAAAGAAUCCAGAUUGCACGUGCUUUGUACCAUGAUGCUGAUAUUUAUCUUCUUGAUGAUCCUUUCAGUGCUGUAGAUGCUCACACAGGAAGUCAUCUAGUUAAGGAAUGUUUACUAGGAAUUUCGGGUUCAAAAACAAUAAUUUAUGUUACCCAUCAAAUAGAGUUUUUACCUUGUGCUGAUCUUAUCCUGGUUAUGAGAGAUGGAAAGAUUACUCAAGUAGGAAAGUAUGAGGAAAUUUAUAGUUUAGGAACUGAUUUUAUGGAAUUAGUGGGUUCACAUAAGAAAGGUUUGUCAGUUAUUAAUUCUAUCGAGCGUCGUACUGCUUUGGGUAGUUUAAUUAUUGGUGAAGAAGAUGAUAAUAUUUUGUGUCACAAGAAGCCUAUUCAAGAUGAUGAGGAAAGGGAACCCAAAAGCUACAACACAGAAAAACUGGUUCAAUCAGAAGGACAACUUGUCCAAGAAGAAAAGAGAGAAAGGGGUGGAGUAGGUUUUUCAGUAUAUUGGAAGUAUGUUACCGCUGCAUAUAAAGGGGCUUUUGUACCCUUCAUAUUGCUGGCACAAAUUCUUUUUCAGUUUCUUCUAAUAUUUAGUAGUUAUUGGAUGGUGUUGGCUACUCCCGUUUCAGCAGAUGCGAUACCUUAUGUUAAAGGAACCACCCUUAUCUUUGUUUAUGUUGCUUUGACUCUUGGAAGCUCUCUUUGUGUUCUUAUAAGGUCCAUGCUUAUUGCAACUGUUGGAUACAAGACGUCCACUUUGUUUUUUAAUAAAAUGCAUUUAUGCAUUUUCCGUGCUCCUAUGUCAUUUUUUGAUUCUACUCUGAGUGGAAGGAUUCUAAAUCGGGCAUCCAUGGAUCAAAGUGCACUUGAUACCUCUAUUCCAAAUCAAAUUGAAGAAUUUCUUAUGUCACUCAUAGCAUUUUUGGGAACUACUAUAAUAAUGUCACAGGUUGCAUGGCAAAUGUUAAUACUUUUUAUUCCAAUGAGUGUGAUAUGCAUCUGGUACCAGCAAUACUACAUAUCUGCAGCACGAGAACUAACACGACUAUGUGGAGUAUGCCAGGCUCCAAUUAUACAACAUUUUGCUGAAUCCAUUUUAGGUUCAACCACAAUCAGGUGCUUUGGUCAAGAAGAGAGGUUUAUAGACACAAACCUCAGCCUGGUGGAUGUGUAUUCCCGACCCAAAUUUCAUUUCUCUGGUGCAAUGGAGUGGUUAUGCUUCCGCAUGGAUAUGCUGGCAUCUAUCACAUAUGCCGUCUUUUUGGUUUUCUUGAUCUCAGUGCCAAAGGGAGUACUUAGUCCUGGUGUUGCGGGUUUAGCAGUCACAUAUGGGCUUGGUUUCAGUAUGUAUGGAGUCAUAUGGGAUCUUACCAUGAUUGAGAAUAAAAUCAUAUCUAUUGGGAGAAUACUACAAUAUACCAACAUCCCUAGUGAACCUCCUCUGUUGAUAGAAGAAAAUAGGCCAAGUCAUGAAUGGCCAUCUCAAGGGAAAGUUGAUAUUGUUGAUCUGCAAGUCCGGUAUGCCCCACACCUUCCUCUUGUCUUGCGAGGUCUCACAUGCACUUUCCCUGGAGGGAGGAAGAUUGGCAUAGUUGGACGAACGGGAAGUGGUAAAUCAACUCUCGUACAGACUCUCUUCCGUAUGCUUGAACCUGAAGUCGGACAAAUUUUGAUAGAUGGUAUCAAUAUCUCUAAGACUGGCCUUCACGACUUACGAUCAAGAUUGAGCAUCAUUCCGCAGGACCCCACAAUGUUUGAGGGGACUCUUAGAAGCAAUCUUGAUCCGCUUGAAGAGUACACUGAUGAACAAAUAUGGGAGGUUUUAAACAAAUGUCAGUUUGGUGAUGAAGUUAAAAAGAAGGAAGGGAAGCUUUAUUCUAUAGUGACUGAGAAUGGAGAGAAUUGGAGCAUGGGUCAAAGGCAAUUAGUCUGUUUAGGGCGGGCAUUACUCAAGAAAAACAAAGUGUUAGUACUUGAUGAAGCUACUGCAUCUGUGGAUACUAUGACUGACUAUCUAAUUCAACAAACGCUCAAUCAAGAAUUCUCAGGAUCUACUAUCAUCACAAUUGCACAUAGGAUAACAUCAAUUCUUGAUAUCGAUCUGGUCCUCCUCCUCGAUAAUGGCCUUGUAUUGGAAUAUGAUUCCCCAGCAAAAUUGCUAGAGAUCAAGACCUCGUCAUUUGCAAAGCUUGUUAACGAGUAUACUCAAAGAUUUAGUUAGUUUUUGUAAAGCUAAAUAAGUGAGUUUGAAUUUUCAAAGUAAAGAGGUGUAUUAGAGAGAG